AUGUCCGCCCCGGGGCCGCUGCGGCUCCUCCGCGCCGCCGCCGCCGCCUCCCGCCGCUGGCUGCUUUCCGCCGCGCCGGCGGCCGGGGCCAGGCCGGGCCGCGGCAGCGCCGCCUCUGCCGUGGGGGCAGCCCGGCCGUUGGGGCUCUCCGCCCGGGCGGCGCUCAGCUCAGAAGAGAAGAUAACUGUUCACUUCAUAAAUCGUGAUGGUGAUAAACUAACAGCCAAAGGAAAACCUGGGGAUUCACUGCUGGAUGUUGUUGUUGAUAAUAAUCUAGACAUAGAUGGUUUUGGUGCCUGUGAAGGAACACUAGCCUGUUCAACUUGUCACUUAAUCUUUGAAGACCACGUAUUUGAGAAACUGGAUGCAAUUACUGAUGAAGAGAUGGACAUGCUAGACCUAGCAUAUGGCCUCACAGAAACAUCACGUUUGGGCUGCCAGAUCUGCUUGAAGAAAUCUAUGAACGAUAUGACUGUUCGAGUACCUGAAGCUGUUGCUGAUGCUAGACAAUCGAUAGACAUGAGUAAAAACUCCUAGAAGAAACUAUCUUAGGGGUUUUAAAGAAGCUUAAUUAUUUUUAUAACUUAUUUUUAAAUGUGUAAUUAAAUACAGAAGCUUACAUAAUUGUGAGUUAUUUUAUAUGACUAUCAAUAUUAGAUUAAUGCUAUUUUGACUUUCUUUAUAGAACCUCCUAUAUUUUUAUGCUUAAAAUGCAAUAAUACUUCUAAGUGAUCAUUGACUAUAACUGUUAGCAAGAGUGUUACAGAUUUCUUAUUAAUUCUGCCAAAACUUUUAAUGGCAUUUGAAAAAUUGAUCACUUCCACAAGACUUCCUAUCAAAAAGGGCAUUUCUAGGUAUCAGACCUAUGUAAGAGAGCUGAACUUAGCAGACUACAUGGGGUCUUCAAAAUGUUCUGUUAAAGGUGGUAUGCUCAGAGUGCAGAAUACUAGCAGCUUAGUUGCUGCAGUACCUCUGUGUUGCCCACAUCAGCAGUCAACAAACAUCAAUUUAACUGCGUUUAUCUUUGCACCAUAAAUGUGGGUAUUCACAUGGCUCAAAAGAAUAAAGACUCAGCUGCCUAAUGGUAGAGAGCAUAUCUUGCUAUUAUCUGAAGCUUGGAUGACAGAUUGAACAGGGCACUGUGCUGUCAACAUAGAACAUGAUUUGUUCUGAAAUCUUUAUCUCUUUUUAGUUGCAAGCUUGUUCAGGAGGCAGCAUGAUACUGUAUAAGGUAUUCAGCUUGAAGAGAAUCCUGGAUUCUGGACUUUGCUCCAAGGAUGAUUUCAAUAACUGAUUUAUAUGAAAUGACCAACUAUAUUCCAUAAAGAUGGAUUAAGUUCCCCAGAAGGGAUAGAAGACUUCCAUGGUGGAUGUCCUGUAGGCUGAUCUCUGAGAACAUUCACUUGGAUCUUGUUUUAGCCUUUCUAAAGUAGGCCAAAAGAAAAUGAUUUCUCUAAGACUCAUUAGUCUCUCCAGUUUUUGUUGCCUAAGUAAUUAAAUGAACUAGCUAUCAGUAAUGUAUUACAUAAUGUAAUAUUUUUGAAUAUUAGGAUGACUUUGAGCUUCGUAAAGAAGAAUAACAAUCUUUUGCUAUAAAAAGAAAUAUUUUCUAGAAUUAUAUUGAAAAUAGUAAAUCUAAUUCUGAUACCUUAAUUUCCUUCUCACAGAAGCUGUUUCUUUGUUUAGUGGUGUUCCCCUUGAACAAGAUAGACUUAAUGUGAUCUGGUCAAAGAACUUAGUCAUUAGGGUUCUCAAAACUUGCUUAAUAGCUAAUCUUUAGAGAGAAGGGGGAAAAAGACUUCAGAGUUAAAAUUUCCCCACCCCCUGAAAGGGAAAGAGCAGAGUUGGGGGAAGGAUAGAAAUAAAGAAAUAUUCUGAGGAUACUGCUCUCUUCCCUUUAACUACUGUCGCUAAACAUAAUUUAGAGGUUACCUUUCUACAGUCACAAACUACAGUAAAUUGAUUCUUUUUGUUGCCUCUGUCCUGAGUUCAUUUAUCUGCAGUAAUUCUCAUUAAAUCUUGAACUUUUACUUUUUAAAUGGAACAUGGCUCCUUAUAUUCCAAGAGAGAGCACUCAGGUAGGUCAUAAGCAGGGUCGUAGCAUACUAUGCAUUCCUAAUCUGAAGACAGAAAAGUAAUCAUCCUAGCUGUGAGGUUUGGGGGAGGUGAAUUUUGUUUUGUUUCCUUACAGUACCAGGCACUUGUGGGAAUCUCAGAGUGCUUAACAUUGUGUCUAAAACACCCUCUGCCAAACAAAAGUGAAAGCAGCAGAUUCCCUUGUAAACCAGGGUUCUUCCAUUGUGCAUUUCAUGUGACAACUUCUUGUUACUGAGACUUUGUGGCUCUCCUACACUGUGCUUGUGGAAGGGAUUACUUAGCACAGGAAGGCCAAAGGACACUUCAAAGUUUGUCUUGAAUUCCAGCGGUGUGCUGUAUUGCAUACAAAUGGAAAACUCAGAAAGGUGGUUAAGGAACUGAUAUGUACGCCCCAGAAUGCACAGCUCAGAGGUAUACUUGUUUGUUGUCAAAAUGAUUUGCAAAUAAAUCUUAUUUUAUAUCAA